AUGUUUGAUAGAGGUGAUAGACAACGUUCCAGAAAUACUUUUGUAGGAACUCCUUGCUGGAUGGCACCUGAAGUUUUGCAGCCUGGAAGCGGAUAUGAUUUCAAGGCUGACAUUUGGUCAUUGGAAUUACUGCACUUGAGCUGGCUCAUGGUCCUGUUGAUGACCAUUCAAAAUGCGCCACCUGGACUUGAUUACGACCGGGAUAAACGGUUUUCUAAGCAAGCUAAAGCUCCAGAACUCUCUGUCAAGAAACUAUUUGGUGACUUGCCACCACUUUGGCAUCGUGUCAAAGCCCUCCAGCUAAAAGAUGCUGCCCAACUAGCACUUAAAAAGAUGCCUUCAGCCGAGCAAGAAGCCAUAUCACAUAGCGAGUAUCAGCGAGGUGUUAGUGCUUGGAAUUUUGACCUUGAAGAAUUAAAAUUCAGAGCAUCCUUGGUGCAAGAUGAUGACGAAAUUCAAGAUAUCAAGGACCAUGAUGUAAAUUCAACUUCAUUUGAUAAUAAUGAAGCAUCCAAUUCGAAGGCUGCUACUAUUGAGAAAAUUCCACAAGCGAGAUUGAAUCUAGUGAUGAAGUUGUUAAAAGAAACAGAGAAACCACAAGCAGAUAAAGAAGCAGUAGUAGUAGCACAGGCUAAAAAUAGAAUUUUAACAACAGGAACAGGACGAAAUCGCCAAACACAGAGUGGACCUCUUGUGGCUGCUGCAGUCUUGAAUCAUUCAAAGUCUGACAGGACUCGUACUUUAGAAAGAUCUGAAACUGAAAGCUCACAAGCUGUUGAUAAAGUCCAUCAUCAACUCCAAUUAAACCAUCUGGAGGAUACAGGGAUUCUUUGGAUGAUAAUUCCUCGAAGGUCCCCCCAGGAUACAUUACUGAGGAAGUCUGCGAGUGUAGGAGAGUGGAUAUUUGAUUCAAAACAGCCUACACCUAGGGAGAUGAAUAGCAGUUCUGUUCCUGUACAUAACAAUUUACCUGCAUCAGUUCUCAUGCCCCACCUUCAAAACCUCUUUCAGCAGACAUCACUUCAACAGGAUCUUAUCUUGAAUCGGUUGAAUAGCUUGCAACCAGCUGAGGUAGCAGCAGAAGCUUCUCAAAAUGGGAAAUUGCCCCCAUUGCCUCGCAGCUCUGAGAACAAUGGAGCUAGAACGUUGCUGCUUACCAAGGUUUCUGAGCUACAAUCCAGGUUAACAGUCUUGACCGAGGAAUUGACUGCCGAAAAGUCAAAAUACGUACAGUUACAACAGCGAGUUGAUGCUAUUAUUACAAACCAGGAGGAUGGCCAGAAAGGUGAAGCUGAUGCUUCUUAAUAUCCACCUGGAAAAUACAACUCAUAUAAUGCUUGCUUGCUGUGUAUAUUCUGUGGAGAUGGUGAUGAAGAACAGUUUGGAUGAUGUGUAAUAAGUUUUUGAAUAGCAAUGAUAUGAUAAUGAUGAUUUCUUCCUCAAGCCUCAAGUUGAAAUGCAAAAAAGCAAAAGGUAGUCAGGAAACCAUUUCUUUCAUUCAUUUUUCCGUGUAAAAGACAAACAGAGAAAGAAGCGCAUGGAUUUCAUUCUUGAAGCUCAUCCCAUUCACCAUUCUCAUUAUAUUAAUAUUUAUUAUUAUGUAUGUUUAUGUUAAUGUGUUCCAUGUUGUAGCCACAAACCCUGUAAUUUCUCAACUAAUGUUCACAUCAUCAUAAGUUUUGUUGUAUUUUGGGAUUUUCUGUAAACUCUUAUAUAUAGCAC